AUGUUGCGACUCACGCGGUAUAAUAUUUUGAUUGUCUGUGCUGCUUGCCUUGGCGCAUACUCUUACGGCUUUUCGUAUGCUGUCUUUGUCACUUCCAUCGGAGAACCCGGGUUUUUCAGUUAUUUUGAAUUGGACCCAACCUCGGACUACACUGCUACUUUGAUCGGAGCCAUCAGUGGGCUCUUCUGUGCUGGAGCUGCUUUUGGAGCCAUAAUACAAUCCUACACAAGUGACAAGUAUGGCCGUCGAAAAGCCCUCGCCUUCGGCGGCGCCAUCUCAGUGGUUGGCUCUGCAGUUGUGGCCGGCUCUAUCAACAUCCCCAUGUUAUUCGUCUUUCGAUUCAUCACUGGCCUAGGAGUAGGCCAACUGCUGGCUCUGGUCCCGUUGUACGUGGCAGAGGUCGCACCACCCCAUCGUCGAGGCCUUCUCAGUGCACUUGUUGGGGUUGGAUUCUCUUUGGGUUAUCUCAGCUCCGCGUGGAUUGGUUACGGCACGUACUUUACCACAAACAACACAGUUCAAUGGCGUAUGCCUCUUUGUCUGGCUCCACUGGCUCCUCUGGGGCUGGUGAUUGUCUGCUACUGGAUCCCUGAAUCUCCCAGAUGGUCGGUUUGGGUAGGCCACGAUGCAGAGGCAUGGAAAACAAUUCAGAAAGUGCAUCACGACCCCAAUGACCCGCGAGAUGCAGCCGCACACGCGGAAUUCAUCCAAAUCAAGAGACAAGUGGCACAUGACAAGGAGAUGAAAGCUUCAUUUGUCCGCAUGUUCACCGUUCCGUCAUGGAGGAAGCGCACUCUCUUGGCCAUCUUGAUCAUGUUUGCCGUGCAAUCAUCUGGCUAUAACGGCAUCACCUCCUACCUUGUUCUCGUCGCUCAAUCGGCAGGAAUGACGGGUGCGAUGCCUCUCCUGAUGUACGCCAUUUAUGUUGUCAUUGCCGUCUUUUUCAACUUUGUUAACGCUGCUGUCAUUGAUCGGGUUGGGCGGAGAAGAAUGCUGCUCGUCGGCAUUGUGUGGACCGGAUCAUGUCUCCUUGCUGCCGCUCUUCUCAGCUGGAAGUAUGCGGGUACCUCGCACAAGGCUGGCAACGGUGCUGCAAUGUUUUUCUUUAUGAUGUUUGGACUGGGACUGGGACUGUUCCUCGAUCCAACUCAGUUCGUGUGGUGCUCCGAGGCAUUUCCAACCACCAUUCGAGCCAAGGGUCUCACCAUUGCCCUGUUCACAUACUUUGUCUCGACGGUAUUGUACACAGCUCCUGCACCCAAGGCCUUUGCAAAUAUUGGUUGGAAGUUCUACCUGGUCUUCAUCUCCUGUGACGUUGUGUGCUUCGCUAUGCUGUACAAAUGGCUACCAGAGACAGGCAACUUGACCCUGGAGGAAAUAGGCAAGCUGUUUGGGGAUGAAGUUGUGACCCACUUUGCCCAAGAUGGCAAUGGCCUGGUUGAAGUGGACGCCAUGGCCGACUUCGAUGAGAAAUCUAUCACAACGCAGAUUGAGGAAGCCACACCGAGCCACGGUAGAAAGUGA